AAAUAGAAAAUAAACAUAAAAAUAAAAACUCUUGAACCAUGAACACAUUGGUGGGAAGAAACAACAAAGAUCGGCAAGGCGCGGAGGUUGUUUACGGUGCCGAAGCAUGCCAUCAUCACUGCAUGGAACUCUUUUCGGAACUCGGCUUUCCAAAAGGAGUUCUUCCUCUCAAAGGCCUUGAAGAGUGCGGUAGAAUCCCGGAAACCGGGUUUGUUUGGAUGAAACUCAAGUCUCCAUGUGAGCAUUUCUUCAAAGGAACAAACACUAAAGUGAGUUAUGCUUCAGAAGUGACUGCAUAUGUGGAGAAGAAGAAGAUGAAGAAGAUGACCGGAGUGAAGAGCAAGCAAAUGCUCAUUUGGGUUCCAAUUAGUGAGAUGAGUAUUGAUGAUCCUCUUGGGGAGAAGAUAUACUUUAAGACUCCUAUGGGGAUUGGGAAGUCAUUCCCUGUGUCUGCUUUUGAAGAGGAGUGAAUUCACGGUGGUUUUUAGUGUUUUGCUUGUUGUUGUUGUUCUUGUUGUUCUUGUUGAUGAUGAUGAUGAGUUUUUAAGUUUAAGGUUUGAGUUUUUUAUCUUUGUUUUAUGUGCAAUGAAGA